UUCAUGCUCAUACGCUCUGAGCACGACCAAUGAUGCAAAUAUGGCACCCGGUGCGCUCAAGCGUCGCACGGUGGACUUAGAUUUCUAUCUGCAUCGAGUUUUCCGCAAGACUUCGUUCCGACCUCUUCAGCGAGAAGUGAUUAUGGCUGCAGUUGAGGGACAUGAUAUAUUUUUACAGGCGUCCACAUCAUUCGGGAAGAGUUUGUGCUUUCAAUUGCCUGCUGUGGUCAGUCAUGGCGGUUGGUUGUCCUUUAUCGAUCUCUUGAUGAUGGACAUUGACUGAGAUGUGUAAUUUGAAUUGCUUUGCGUUCGUUGAACAGUGACGGUGGUUGUAUGCCCUUUACUUGCGUUGAUGGCGGACCAAGUCAAUGCCCUCCAAGCUAUCGGAGUAGCAGUGGCGACAAUCAACUCGACAACACCAGUAUUCGAGCGACGAAAGAUCACCGAAGACCUUCUCUCGGGGCAUCCCAGAGCCCGUCUGCUUUAUGUGACUCCAGAACUAUGUCAGACGCAGACGUUCCGGCGGACUCUGCAGACUGUUCAUGCUCAGGGGCAGCUUAUGCGGGUUGCCAUAGAUGAAGCCCACUGUAUCAGUGAAUGGGGCCAUGACUUUCGUCCGGCGUAUAAGGAACUUUCGUGGUUUAAGUAUACCUUGAAGGAUCCGGUUGUCCCGAUAAUGGCUGUUACAGCGACGGCGACGCCGCGAGUCCGUGCUGAUAUUAUCAGCUUGCUUGGGCUGAACGCUGGGCAAAUGAAGAUAUUCAACACGCCGUCUGCACGACCCAAUAUCCACUACGAAGUCAAAUACCUCGAAGACUACGCCGGCGACCCGUUGGCAGCCGAGCCAUUUCAAGUAAACAACCUCAUCUCAUGGCUCCUUUCCAUCGACGCCCGCCGCAGGGAAAGAUUACGCCCAAACACCACAGAUCUCCCUCCAAUUUCCGGAAUCGUUUAUGUUUGUUUCCGCAAAGCCGCGGAAGAAGUCGCCAAUGUCCUCACUCACUCCAGCAACGGUCGCAUCAAUGCAGUAGCAUACCAUGCUGGCCUCACUGCCGAAGAACGAACGAAUAUCCAAGAAAUGUGGACUUCCCCACGACCGUUUCUAUCACCCGAACUACAGGAACCAAAUCAACCACUCCCAAGCUUCUCCAUUAUUGUCGCGACGACAGCCUUUGGCAUGGGGAUUGAUAACCCCUGCGUUCGGUUUGUGGUGCACUGGACUCCACCUAAGAGCUUUGAAAGUUUCGUGCAGGAAUCUGGUCGUGCAGGACGUGAUGGCCGCGCUGCUGCGUCAAUUGUCUACUAUAACACGCAGGAACGAGAGAGGAUGAAUGACCGACUAAAGCGAACGGCACAGGAUGCUCCAAAUCGCGGGAUAAAGAAAGCCGCGUCGCAGGCAAAUCUCCAAGCGCAGCUGGAGAGUUUCUCAAAGGUAGUACGGUAUUGUGAGACGACGCAUCGAUGCAGACACGAGAUGAUCAUGGAGCUUUUUGGAGACUAUGAGCUUGAAAGGCUACGUACGAAUCAGAGUAACUCUGAGAAUGAGGUUGUGGAGUCAGAGGAAAACUCGUCUCCUUGCGACUAUGCUUGCGAUAUUUGCAAGGAAGGACCGAAAGCGGUUGCUAUGCGUAAGUCGAGGAUGGUGGCUGAGAGUACCCCAGAGGAUUUUGUUGAUCCGGGCACGGCGCAUUUUAUGCAACUCAUGUUUCCAAGGGCUUUUCGUUGAAGAGAUUUGAACUGAUUUAGUUAUCUGCUUCUCAUAUAUGGUGUCUGGGAUAUCCUGGGUAGCAGUGUGCGUUUUACGGCGUUGUUUUUUUAUUACGAAUAGCUGCUUCGUGCCUGCUAAAAUCAUAUCCAGCUGCUUUUUUCUUCUCUUCCUUCCCUUCCUUUCCUUUGUCUCCUUUCUGGAUAAAGAAAAUGACGUAUUCACUCGUUUGAUGCUGCCUCAAUGGUUCCAGAUUUGGUAUCUUGUUCCUGUUUCGAGUAUGGAUUCCAAAUUGACCGACAAUCACCAUAUACUAAACUGAUGCUUGAUAAGAGCCGAUAAAAUAUGGUUCCAUUCAGUUGCUAUCGGGAUUCUUCAAGCGACCUUUAAAUACUCUAAGUCGAGCA